CUAAGCUACCACCCCCUUUGUUCUUCUUACCCAUUUUUAAACCGUUUUUCGAACUAUUGAAUGAUGAAAAAUAAUUUUAACUCAAAAUGGCAUUUCUCACACGCGUGUGGACACAAUGUUCGGUCACGUGGCUACAAUGCAGCAGCCGACUAUUGUGCCGAAGGCCCAAAAUGACAUUUGAGUGUGUGCUUGGGCUUGUUCCUAUUUGUACGUACGUACGUACACCAUGGUUUGUUCUUUGAAUCCAACUACGUCAUCUCUUGGAGGUAAAGUGAUUCCAAGAGAAUUAUCAUGAUAUUAUUCCAUGCACUUGAAUAGGAUUGGCACGUCUUGUUUCGUAUUUUUAAUUUAGAAGUUCACGCGCUAGAAAUAGUCCAAUUCUUUCAUGGGCAUGAUGCCACCAAAAUGUUGAUCAGACACUUCAAAGGAACAACAAAAUGUUUAGCUGGUCUGCUGCUACUUGCAUUGAUUUACGCCUUCUAUGCAGAAACAAGCCGUGUUCAGGAGCAAAGAAAAUCAGCUCUGGUAGACAGUAGCAUAAAUAAAAGAGGUAGCUUUAAACUGCUCAUAAUCAUUCUUUCCCGGACAAGUGACGUAGCUCGACGGGAAGCUAUCAGGAACACAUGGCUGUCAAAAAACCACAAUGGUGUGAAGCACUUGUUCAUCAUUGGGACUUCAGGUGCAUCAGCCGAACUGCGAAAACAUUUGACGUCAGAGACAAAGACUCACCAAGAUUUAUUGCUCCUGUCUGAGUUGCAGGAUUCUUAUGAUACUUUAACUGAGAAAGUUCUUCAAUCGUUCUCUCGAGUCUAUAGAGAUUAUAAGUUUGAAUACUUGUUGAAAUGUGAUGACGAUUCAUUGGUUCUGGUAGACAAGCUCCUAACGGAGCUUGAAAAAUGGGAGAACAGAGGAACAGGAAAAGAAUUAUACUGGGGAUUCUUCAAUGGGAAAGCUCAAGUAAAGCAGAGUGGACCUUGGAAAGAAACUGACUGGAUUUUCUGUGAUUAUUAUCUUCCUUACGCCUUAGGAGGUGGAUAUGUUCUUUCUCGUCGUUUGGUUCAGUUUAUUGCGGAGAAUUCAAAAAUUUUAAAAUCUUACAAAUCAGAAGAUAUUUCAGUCGGACUCUGGCUUGCCCCAUUGUCAAACAUUGAGAGAAAACAUGACGUACGUUUUGACACAGAGUAUCGCUCAAGAGGCUGUUCGAAUGAGUAUAUAAUUACACACAAGCAAGGCAUACAGAGCAUGAACACGAUCUAUCAAAUGUAUAAGGCUAGCGGUGCUUUAUGUAUGAAAGAAGUUAGACAUAGAAACAGCUACCAGUAUGACUGGAGCGUUCCUCCUAGCAAGUGUUGCAAUCGCCAACCUGGAAUCCCAUAAGGAAUUCGGAAAUUUAUUUGAAUUUAUCUGAUCAAGUUAUACACUGAUAUCGGAAACGCGAGAAUAAAACUCACUGAUAAAUUCAUAA